UGUUUUCUUGCUAAAGUAAAGCUUCUCUCUUUCUCAAUAUCAUUCUCUUCUUCCUCUCUAGUAUCUUUAUCUUAUCUCCUUUGUGAACGAAAGUCAGAAUCAAGACACAUGGAGCCACCGCAGCAUCAGCAUCAUCACCAUCAAGCCGACCAAGAAAGCGGCAAUAACAACAAGUCCGGUUCUGGUGGUUACACUUGUCGCCAAACCAGCACGAGGUGGACACCAACGACGGAGCAGAUCAAAAUGCUCAAAGAGCUUUAUUACAAUAGUGGAAUCCGGUCACCAACAGCAGAUCAGAUCCAGAAGAUCACUGCUAGGCUGCGACAGUUCGGAAAGAUCGAGGGCAAGAACGUCUUUUACUGGUUCCAGAACCACAAGGCUCGUGAGCGUCAGAAGAAGAGAUUCAACGGCACAACCAUGACCACACCGUCUUCAUCUCCCAACUCGGUUAUGAUGGCUAAUGAUCAUUAUCAUCAACAUCUCCCUCUACUUCACCAUCAUCAUGGCGUUCCCAUGCAGAGACCUGCGAACUCCGUCAACGUUAAACUUAACCAAGAGCAUCAUCUCUAUCAUCAGAACAAGUCAUAUCCCAGCUUCAAUAACGGGAAUUUAAAUCAUGCAAGCUCAGGUACUGAAUGUGGUGCUGUUAAUGCUUCUAAUGGCUACUCAAGUAGCCAUAUCUAUGGAUCUAUGGAACAAGACUGUUCUAUGAAUUACAACAACGUAGGUGGAGGAUGGACGGCAAACAUGGAUCAUAAUCAUCAUUACUCAUCAGCACCUUACAACUUCUUCGAUAGACCAAAACCUCCGUUUGGUCUAGACGGUCAUCAGGAAGAAGAAGAAUGUGGUGGCGAUGCUUAUCUGGAACAUCGACGUACGCUUCCUCUCUUCCCUAUGCAUGGUGAAGAUCACAUAAAUGGUGCCAGCUGGAAGUAUGGCCAACUGGACGGUCAUGAUUGUCAUGGUAGAGGCCCUUGCGCUUCUCUUGAGCUUCGUUUGAACUAGCUCGUGUACCCCGGCUUCGCACCGGAUUAAAGCUCUUAACUACCCUCUCUCUUUCGUUCAACUAUGGUUCGCUUGCAGUUAGUGGUAUUAAUUAGUACUUAGUAGUAUGUCUCUAGUACGUAAUUUGUAAUUACUAGCUAGUAUCGUCUUCUAGG